CGGCCUGGGAGGUAGCUGCAGAGUUCGUGAUGGCGGCUGCUGCGCUGAUCCGGAAGGGCGCCUCCAGCUGCUCCCGGCGCUGCUUCCUCGGAGGCUUGUUGCCGCUCUGGCGGCGGGGCUGCGCCGGGAUCCCGGUGGAUGAUACAGUGAAUGGUCUGAACGUGGAGCAGCGGCAGCUUAGGCAAACCAUGACCAAAUUCUGUCAGGAACACUUAGCUCCAAAGGCUCAAGAAAUUGAUCGGGAGAAUGAAUUCAAAGAUAUGAGGGAGUUCUGGAAGAAGCUCGGGGAGCUAGGAGUUCUUGGAGUAACUGUUCCGGCUGAAUGUGGUGGAUCAGGGAUGGGCUAUCUGGACCACGUACUGAUAAUGGAAGAAAUAUCUCGAGCUUCAGCAGCAGUUGCAUUAAGCUACGGUGCUCACUCAAAUCUGUGCAUCAAUCAGUUAGUGAGGAAUGGCAAUGAAGCACAAAAAGAGAAAUAUCUGCCCAAGUUGAUUAGUGGAGAGCAUAUUGGAGCACUAGCAAUGAGUGAAGCCAAUGCUGGUUCUGAUGUUGUCUCCAUGAAGCUGAGGGCAGACAAAAAAGGGGAUUAUUUUGUUCUGAAUGGGAACAAAUUUUGGAUUACUAAUGGGCCAGACGCUGAUGUUCUAAUUGUCUAUGCUAAAACAGAUCCCAGUGCUGUCCCAACUUCUCAAGGUAUAACAGCGUUCAUUGUGGAAAAGAAUAUGCCUGGUUUCAGCACAGCACAAAAACUGGAUAAACUGGGAAUGAGAGGGUCAAAUACCUGUGAAUUAAUCUUUGAGGACUGCAAGAUUCCUGCUGAGAAUAUAUUGGGACAACUAAGUAAAGGAAUCUAUGUGUUGAUGAGUGGCUUGGAUCUAGAGAGACUCGUUUUGUCUGGUGGACCACUGGGAAUCAUGCAGGCUGUCCUAGAUCAUGCUGUUCCAUAUUUGCAUAUGAGAGAAGCAUUUGGGCAGAAAAUUGGCCACUUCCAGUUGAUGCAGGGUAAAAUGGCUGAUAUGUACACCCGGUUGAUGGCAUGUCGGCAGUAUGUAUAUAAUGUAGCAAAGGCUUGUGAUCAAGGACACUUCAAUGCAAAGGACUGUGCAGGAGUGAUCCUCUAUUCUGCAGAAUGUGCUACUCAAGUUGCUUUGGAUGGAAUCCAAUGUUUGGGGGGAAAUGGCUACAUCAAUGAUUAUCCCAUGGGGCGUUUUUUGCGUGAUGCCAAAUUGUAUGAAAUUGGGGCAGGGACUAGCGAGGUGCGAAGAAUAAUUAUUGGUCGGUCAUUUAAUGCUGCAUUUAAUUAAUAAGACUGGUGUAAAGAAGAAUUGAACUUCAGACCAAGAGGCCUUUUCUUUCCAAACUUUCAACCAUGCACAACUGUUGUUCUGCACCUGAUACCAGGAUACCCACCUCCAUUUGUCUUUUUUAAUAGUAUUAUUAUUAUUAUGCUGCUAAAUUUGUUUAAGAACUUGUGACUGUUAAAGUUACAGUGGAACAGAACAGGCAGUUCAAGUAGGAGAUGUGAAUAGCUGCCAUCAAGUUGUCUUCUAGAGGAUUGAGACUUCAUCCAGUUUGAAACAUUACCUGUUUGAGAAUCACUGAACUAGAUUUUUCCAUCUAACACGUCACUUUUAUGAAUGGAAAUAGCUAGUGGGGUUCUAAUGCAUCCCACUUCCAAAAUGCUAGCAGAACACAUGGAGAUCUUUUAUUACUGUAUUUUGUGAAAUUUUAGGUAUAUUUUGAAUAUUAAAGAGGCUGUUAUUAAAACAUUGUCAAAAUGUGAGGUAGUAUUUCUGUGUAUUCUGUCUCAGUGCUAACUGAAAUACAUUAGCACCACAUGAAGCUUUCAGUUAUUUGAUGGACUGCCAUUUUAUGCUUGAUUCAUUUACAGUGUCACCAUCCAUCACUCCAGAAGCAAUUAAAAUAUGAGGCAGCUGCAUGACUAGGAGAUUGUUGGAUCUUUCUAAAGUUUCUCCUUGAUUAAUACAGGAUAUCACAAGUAGGGAAUAGGACCAAUGUUGUGAGCCAUGCCAGAAUACCUAUGGGACAGGCAAGAAAAAGUCUGUAUUAAGCUCAAGAAGGUGGUGCAAAAACUCCAUGACAAGACAGCCAAUCUAACUAAAGAAAAAAAAAUGGUAAUUAAUUCUUUUUCCAAAUCCAGGAGGCAUCUUUGACCUAUACCAACAGCACAGGAUAUACAUUUUUUAAAAUACCCAUAUCCGAUUUUUCCUUCUUAACCAACUUGUAAAUAAAACAGUAUUGUUCCUGCUGUUCUAACCUAUUUUUGAUUGCAGUGCAAUCCACUUGAUUGAAUUAAUUCUACAUUCUGGAAAUCAGUGCCUAACUUAAGAAAACAUUUGAGAAUCACAGUGGAGCAAUUGUAUGUUUCACAGGCUGUAUAUAGGAUGCCUGAAAAUGUUAACUUGUAACAUUUUAAAGGGAAAUAUUACACUUGAAGAUGAGGGUUUCCAGUACAGUUAAAUAAGUUGUCCACAUCUGACCUCAUCAUCUGGGCACAUAUUGCAUAACAAUCCAGUUACAGUUUUUCCAAAUCACAUGUGAGCCUAUGAACUUUGGGUUCAUCUUUUUAAAGUAUUAAAAGACAAAUAUGCAUCAUGGAAGCAAUUAUUCAAUGUAGAAAUUGGGUUCUGAAGUGCAAUAGUGUAACUUUCUCCUAUAUGUUGAACUCAAAUAAUCAAUUACAGCACUUUUUCUUAAAGAUCAUAGUGUUAUCAUAAUGUCAGAGUUUUAUCACCCAUACUGAACUAUUGUAAUGAAUAUAACCAACUACUGUAAUGAAUAUAACCAAUUAACCAAGGGAUAUUAUAAUAUAAUUAAUAACCAAGGGAUUAUUAAUAAUUCAAAUCAACCUGGUUCCAAAACUUGCCACAUGGUACCUAGGUUUUUAAUCAAUCUUAUGCGAGUUUUCAUAAGUCAUUGUGAAGACUAUAUUGGUCUUUUUUAUACAAAGGGUCCUUUCUAUUCUUUUAAGCUGCUUUUGUUGUGGUAAAACUUGGGGAAAUUGCUGGUUAAUUGGUGGCUUUGUAAGCUCACUAGUAUUAAUAAAUUAUUAUAAAAUAAA